AAAACACAUGGUCCCUUCACAAGUCGAAAGUGAAGAGAGAUAAAAAUGGCCAACCCAAUCAAGUCUGCUUCCAUAUUCAUUGUCUUCUCCGUUCUCCUUCUCGUGGUUCUUGAAGUGCCGAAGAUAGAAGCCGGCGACGAGUGCUUAAAAGAGUACGGCGGCGAUGUUGGGUUUGGGUUUUGCGCUCCAAGGAUCUUCCCGACAUUUUGUUACAGUAGAUGUCGUUCCGACAAGGGAGCUAAAGGGGGAAGAUGCGACUGGAGAGAUGACGGCACGGUUAUAUGCUACUGCGACUACUGCAACGACGAGCCACGAGUUUCAAUCAAAAUGAAAACGACGAACGAUGCCUAAUAUGAUACUAGCAUAUUGGAAAAUGUUUGAUCGACGUACGAGUAGAUGCCCAUGUCUCCACCAUGUGUCUCAUGAAGUCAUCAAGUCGUUUAGUUAAGUUGUAAUAAAGAAAAGCAAAGGGAUAUGCGUAUGGGCUUGCCUUUGUUGCCAUGUUUAGGCGUCUGUGUUUCCUUUUGUGUUAAUAAAGGCAUCUACGUUUUUUUUGUU